UUGCUUUUAUUUGAUCCAAAUUUACAUGUAGGAAAAUAUCUAAGGAUCUAUUAUUUUAAACCAAGUGUUGGGGGUGUAAACAGAUGAGAAAAAAAGUUUAGGGAUUAGUUCGGAAACAUUGUAUUAUAAUUAAUUUUUUUAAUAAAUCACAAAACCCUACUACUCCAUUUUCAUAGUUUCCGCCGCCCCUUCUGUUUCUUUCUCCGGCCACCAAUCGGAGUCGCAUCUUUGAUCUCGUUCUUCUACUCCAAACCCUCUUCCUGUCCUCUUCUCUUUUCUUUGUCUUCUUAUUCUCUUCUAAUUUCUGUUUAGUGUUUUUGUCUCCUUGGUUUGCCGUUGACCGUACCCAGAAUUGGGUGACCGCUCCGGAUGUCGUUGUCGUGCCUCGACACCGGUAUAAGGCGAAGUCCGGCGAUUCCGUGAAACAUAGAAUUAUUACAUUUAGGACUUACUGGGUUUUUUCCUUUUCUUUUCUUUUCUUUCAACUUUCUUGUAGAUCUCAGAAAGUUGGGUGAGCUAACAGCAAGGGAAAAAGGGGAAAAGGGGAAGAUGCCUCUUUAUGAUUGCAUGCUUUUGUUGAAGCCCAAUGUUAGUAAAGCAGGGAUAAUAGACUUGGUUUGUAAGGUUGGGAAACAUGCCUUCAGCAGAAAUGGAGUUGUAACUGAUAUGAAGUCAUUUGGACAAGUUCAUUUGGGUUAUGGCAUCAAGAAACUUGAUGGCAAGUUCUAUCAGGGCCACUUGAUGCAAUUGACGAUGAUGACACCUCCCAGUUUCAACAGCGAGCUGCACUACCUUAACAAGGAAGACCGAUUGUUGCGCUGGCUUCUGGUCAAACACCGCGACAUCAAAUAUGGACUCGACUCUCUGAGUGGAGAUGAAAUUAGACUUGACGUUCCAAAGUUUGUAAGCAGAUCAUCUGACGACGAAGAUAAAGAUGAGAGUAGUGAGGAUGAUAUGCCAGGGUAUGAAUCGUUUCAGAUUGAACAAAAAACCGCAAAGAGCUUUGUUCUUACCGAAGCCCAUAUUCCCAAUAGACCAAGUGGAGAAAUGGACAUCUUAAGGAAAUAUACAUCUCAUUAGUUGUCCUCUUGGGUGUUAGGUGUUGCAAUUUUUAAGUCGAAUCCUUUUUAUGGUUUUUGUAAGAUGUAUCUCUCCUAGAAAUCUGGUUGCUAGCAGCAUCUAUGGCUGGCAUAAUCUUCUAAUAAUCUCAAAUUGUGUUUUUGAGGUUGCUGGCAAACUUUUUAAUCUUCUAAUAAUCUCAAAUUGUGUUUUUGAGGUUGCUGGCAAACUUUUUAAGGAUUUUGAACGUUGUUAUUACUUUGAGACUUUGGUUUCUUUCUUUUUGGUAAAAAGGUAAAUACAAGCUGCUAAGAUUCC